AUGUACAAUAGUCAACAACAAAAUAUAAUAAAAAUUAAUAAACAAGAUACAGAUGGUAGACUACAACUCUUUAUUGUGGAUGCCAAAAGAACUUUAAGAAAUUCAUCAAUUGAAUUAGAAUCAUCACAAAUUUAUAUAGAUGUAACUAAAAGAUUAAUUGAUAUAGCUAGUUUAUUUUGUAAACAAGAGGAGAUUCAAUAUGAAAGCUUUGCUGAAGAAUUACUAUCAAUUUUAAAUUCAACACAAUUUAAAAUCUUAGGUAAAUGUAGAGAAUUGGUAAUUAAACUUUUAACAAUCAUUGCAAAAUAUGCAAGAGUUAAUCAAUUACUUGGUAUUGAAUCAAAAGAUAGAUCCCCUUCAUCUUCAAUAAAUAAAAAUAAUGGUUUUGAUCAACUAUAUGAUUUUGAAUUGAAUAGAAUUGAUGAAAAUAAUAAUAAUAAUAAUAAUAAUAAUAAUAAUAAUAAUAAUAAUAAUAAUAAAAAUAAAACAAUUUCUCCAACUCAUCAAACAAUACAAGCAACAAUUCCAUCACCAAAACUACAACCAUUUUUAGAUCAUGAUGAUAAAGAUGAUAAAGAAAUCAUUGAUAUAGUUAGUAAUAAAGAUAAAGAUCAACUCAAUGGUGUUGAUGAUGUUGAUCUUUCUAAUACUUCAGGUAUCUCUUGUAAAGAAAUUUUUGAAAAAAACCCAAUAAACUUUCAAAAAUCACACUAUAGAUGUUUAUCCUAUUCACCAAAGUUAUUAGAACAACAAUUACAACAAAAACUAGUUAAUCAACAAAUUAAGUUGAAAAAUGGUAAACCUUCCCCAAUUAAGCGUCCUUCUCCACCACUACCACCACCACAACAACAACAAAAAGAACAACAAAAAGAACAAAAAGAACAACAAAAAGAACAACAAAAAGAACAACAAAAAGAACAACAAAAAGAACAAGAACAAAAACAACAAGAACCUCAAAAAUAUGUAAAGUUUGAAAUACAAAAAUCACCUCCUUCAAAUCUUUUACCACCUUUACCAAUUAGUUCUUCAAAUAUUUCAAACGAAAUUAGUAAGCAGCAACAACAACAACAACAACAACAACAACAACAACAACAACAACAACAACAACAACAACAACAACAACAACAACAACAACAACAACAAAUUGCCCAACCACCUCCACCACAAUCGAUUACUUCACCACAAACAAUUUCAGCAAAUAAUAAUAUCUUAACAACCCCAUUAUCAAGCCAACCUACUCAAUCACUUGAAACUCCAUCAACUAUUAAACCACCUUUACUUUCUAGAAGGGUUUCUGAUAUUAUUUAUUCAAAAAAUGAAACAAAUUUAAAUAUUAAAGAACCAAUUCAUUCAAAAGAUAUUAUUCCAACCCCAUUAGAAACAAAUGUUGGGGGUGGUGGCGGUGAAAUUACAAAAAAAGUGGUUGGAAGUGAAGAAAAUUUAUUAUCAUCAUCAUCUGAAGAAGAAACCCUUUCAACAUCAGAAGAACAUGAUGAAUAUACUACGAGUACUAGUGGAGAGGAUGAAGAAGAGGAUGAGGAUGAUGAUAACAUUUACAACACAAACCAUUAUGAAAUUAGUGAGAGAAAAUUAAAAAAUAAACGUCCAUUCAAAAAAACACAUGUUCAUCACUCCCUAUCUGCAAAUUCACCACUUUCUCGUAAACCUUACGAGUCACCUGUAUUUUUAUUAGACCCAAGACUAAAUGAUUUGAAAACAUCUAGUGACGAAUAUAUUUUAAAGAGGCCAUUAGUUAGAUCAAAAAGUUUUAGUCCAAACAAAGAAGAGGAACAAAUUAAAAAAGAACCAUAUAGAAAAUUAGCAAGAUCAUUUUCAGAGAUACCAUCUGUUAAAUUGAUUGAAGACCAUAACGAUGAUAGUCAAAUGGCAAUGUGUAGAAUUUGUGAAGAACCAAUUCAUUCAUCGUUAUUAGAGGAUCAUUCUAAAAUAUGUGCAAUGGCAAAUGAAGAAGAUAUGAAAGCCAUGAAUGUUGAUGAUCAUUUAAGAGCUGUUGCAAAGAUUUUAUUAACAAGAUCAAAUGAUAUUCCACACGAAAAAAGAAAAAUGAUUAUAGAAUUAAGAGAAAUUGCAUUAUUUGCAGUUGAAAAUGGAAUUAAAGAAAAUUUAAAAAUGAUUCAUAUUAUGAAUGAUAUUAUUAAAAAUUUUGAUCCAAAAGAUGAUAAUAGAGAAUUGGCAAUAAAAAUUCAAAGUUUAAUCUCUGAUAAAGUAAAUGCAUUGAAAAGAGCCGAUGAUGUAAUUAAUUCUUCACCAAGAAUUUUUAGAACUAAUUCACCAAGAAUUUUAAAAUCACCAAGAGAAGAAGAAUUAUCUCAAACUCCAUUAGGCGGUAGAUUAAGAUCUGAUUCUGAUCCUGUUCAUCAAACUCAAAUUGAAUAUAAACCAAAAGGUGUACCAACUAUAUCAGAUUUUGAAUUUAUUAAACCAAUUACAAAAGGUGGAUAUGGAAAAGUAUUUUUAGCUAAAAAGAUUAGAACUGGUGAUAUUUAUGCAAUAAAGAGAUUAAAGAAAUCUGAUAUGAUAAAGAAGAACCAAUUGGAUCAUGUCAAAGUUGAAAGAAAUAUUUUAGCCUAUACAAGUAAUCCAUUUGUUGUAAAGAUGUAUUAUUCAUUUCAAACAAAGGAAUAUUAUUAUUUGGUUAUGGAAUAUUUACAAGGUGGUGAUUGCUUUUCAUUAUUACAAAUGUUAGGGUCAAUGGAUGAAAAUAUGGCAAAAAUGAUCAUUGCAGAGACUGUCUUGGCAUUAGAAUAUUUACAUAGUCAUGGUAUUGUUCAUCGUGAUGUUAAACCUGAUAAUCUUUUAAUAGAUAAGAAAGGCCAUAUAAAAUUAACAGAUUUUGGUCUUAGUAAGGUUGGAUUAUUAGAUAGACAAACUGUUGUACCACCUUCUUAUUUUAGUCCAACUUUAUCUGGUAAAAAUAAUCAAUCAUCAUCAUCAUCAUCAGUAUCAAAUAUUGGUGGUUCUAAUACUAUUGGUUCAAAUAUUAGUAGUACAAAUAACAAUAACAAUAACAACAAUACAACUGGAGCAACGAUGGUAGGUGGUCAUGUUAUUAAUACUGAAACUCCAAUUCCAAGCAAUACUGCAAUACCAGCAAAGAAAGAAAAGAAAUUAUUAUCAUUAGCUCAAUCUAAGUCAUUAUUUUCAGCAUCAUCUUCACCAUCAAUUCCUUCAUUAAAUUUAUUGAAUAGUGAUAAACCAAUAUCUCCAAUGAUGAUGGGUGUAAAAGGAUUUAUACCACCACCACCAAUUAAUCAACAACCAAUUUCAAAUAUUCCUACAACUACUACAACUACAACCACUACAACUACUGGUCAACAAUCUCAACAACAAUCUCAACAACAACAACAAACAACACCACCAUUACCACCACAUAAUAUACAUAGAAAAUUAAGUUGUGUUGGUACACCAGAUUAUUUAGCACCUGAAAUUCUUUUAGGAAUUGGUCAUGGUGCAUCAGCUGAUUGGUUUUCAUUAGGUGUUAUACUUUAUGAAUUUCUUUGUGGAGUUUCUCCAUUUAAUGGUUCAAGUGUUCAAGAAACUUUUCAAAAUAUUCUUCAAAGAAAUAUUUCUUGGCCUGAAGAUAUGAGUCCUGAAGCAAGAGAUUUAAUUGAUAAAUUGUUAGCUUUAGACCCAAGACAAAGAUUAGGUUUUAAUGGUGCUGAAGAAAUUAAAUCUCAUCCAUUCUUUAAAUCAAUAAAUUGGAAAACAAUUUUAACUCAAGAACCAUACUUUAAACCAAAGAUUGAAAAUCUCCAAGAUACAAGUUACUUUGAUCCAAGAAAAGAAAUUUAUAAAGUUUCUGAUGAUUUCGCUGAAUCUUGUAAACCUUUUGUUCAAAAUCAAAAUCAAAAUAAGGAAUCUUCCACUAUUUUAACAACUUCACCUCCAUCAACUUCUUCCACUACUGCAACUGCAACUGCAACAACAUCAAAUUUAGAUUCAAUUACAAUCAAUCAAAAUACAAAUGCAAAUUUUGAUGACUUUUUAUAUGUAAACUUUCAAAGUCUUUUGGAAUUAAAUAAAAAUUAUUUAGCAGAAGCAAAACCCUUUAAUUCAAAUCAUAGAAGAAGAAAUUCAACUUAA